CUUCAAUUCUGCUCGAGUUCGCAUCUCGUCUGCUGCCAGGCGGCGUUUCAAUCUUUGUCGUGCGUCGUCGUCGCUAACGAAACGCGCGCGUUUUUAUAGCGUUUUAUUGCCAGUGUGUGUGCUUUUUACAACUGCUGACGCAAGUGUUAAUUUAAACUCAAUUAUUCGAUUCAAUUGGAUUGCAUCACGGUUCAACAAUGAAGAUGCAACUUUGUUUCUUGUCCCUCGUUCUCGGCACUCUCGCCGUCCAUGGUUACAGCCCAUUCUCAGACGGUAGACGUCUGCAGGAUCUGAGCAAUGACGUUCAUUCGGGAUAUGACUAUCCCCAGCCCAAAGUGCCCUUCUCAGAUGGCUACUCCUAUCCACGGCCAUCGGUACCAUUCCCACCUGCACCGCCAAGUCGAGGAUAUGAUUACCCCAAGCCAGCUGUACCAUUCCCGCCACCAACUAGCGCACCACUGCCAAAGGUAGUUCCAACGUCGAGCGGAUACUCCUAUCCUAAGCCAGCUGUUCCGUUCCCACCGGAGUUGCCAAAGUUUGUUCCAGCACCACCACAACAGCAAGUGAUUCCAACUCAACCGAAGUAUGUGCCGCCCGUGCAGCCAAGCAAGGGUUACGACUAUCCCAAACCAGCUAUACCAUUCCCACCACCACAACCUAAGGUGACUCCGCAGCCACAGUACUUGCCACCUCCGAAACCAACUCUGCCACCACCACAGCCUAAACCAAGUGGAUAUGAUUAUCCCAAGCCUGCCAUUCCAUUCCCACCACCAGUGCAGCCAACACUUCCACCUCAGCCCAAGUACUUGCCUCCCGUGAAGCCAACCAGCCCACCACAACCUAAAUAUCUGCCACCCGUGGUGCCCACGAGUCCACCUCAACCCAAAGGAUACGAUUAUCCCAAGCCAGCAGUUCCAUUCCCACCACCAGUUGUACCCAAGGUUGUGCCUACCCCACAAUAUCUGCCACCCGCGAAACCUACCAGCCCACCCAAGCCUCAAUAUCUGCCACCUGUUGUACCAACCAGCCCUCCAAAGCCUAAAGGAUAUGAUUACCCCAAGCCAAGCAUUCCAUUCCCGCCACCAGUUGCGCCAAAGGUUCAACCUCAGCCCCAAUAUCUGCCUCCCCCAAAGCCAACCAACCCACCACAGCCUAAAGGAUAUGAUUACCCCAAGCCAGCGAUUCCUUUCCCAGCGCCAGUGAAGCCAACACUCCCUCCUCAACCCAAGUACUUACCGCCUGUGAAGCCUACGAGCCCUCUUCAACCAAAGUACUUGCCUCCUCCACAACCAACCUCACCUCCUAAGCCCAAGGGUUAUGAUUACCCCAAGCCAUCCAUUCCAUUCUCACCUCCAGUGGUCCCAAAGAGUCCACCUCAACCACAGUACUUGCCUCCCGUGAAGCCCACUAGCCCACCUCAACCCCAAUACCUACCUCCUCCACAACCCAAACAUCCUGGCUAUGACUAUCCCAAACCCGCUGUUCCUUUCCCACCUCCAACCAGUCCACCACAGCCCAAAUACCUGCCUCCAGUCCAGCCGACAAGUCCACCUCAACCCAAAUAUCUCCCCCCAGUCCAGCCAACCAGUCCACCACAACCCAAGUACCUACCACCUGUGCAACCAACCAGUCCACCUCAGCCUAAGGGAUACGAUUAUCCUAAGCCAGCGAUUCCCUUCCCAGCACCAGUUCCCAAGAGCUCACCAAAGCCAGAAUACUUGCCACCCGUAGUGCCGACGAAGCCACCCCAGUCGAAGGGAUACGAUUAUCCUAAACCAGCGAUUCCCUUCCCAGCACCAGUUCCCAAGAGCUCACCAAAGCCAGAAUACUUGCCACCCGUAGUGCCGACAAAGCCACCUCAGCCCAAGGGAUACGAUUAUCCCAAGCCAUCAAUUCCAUUCCCAGCACCAUCACCAGUUCUGCCCAAGAGCUCGCCUAAGCCGCAGUACUUACCACCAGUUGUGCCAACCAGUCCACCACAGCCCAAGGGAUACGAUUAUCCGAAACCCUCAAUUCCCUUCCCAGCUCCUUCGUUGCCACCAGUUCUUCCCAAGAGCUCGCCUAAGCCCCAAUACUUGCCACCUGUAGUGACGACUAAGCCACCUCAGCCCAAAGGAUACGAUUAUCCAAAGCCAUCAAUUCCAUUCCCAGCACCAUCACCAGUUGUACCCACGAGUCCACCCCAGCCCAAGGGGUAUGAUUAUCCCAAGCCAUCAAUUCCAUUCCCACCACCACCAGCACCAACUAGUUACCUGCCACCUCCAGCCCCACAGCCGAAGAGCGAAGGAUACUCGUACCCUAAACCGGCGAUCGCUUUCAAUUUCUAGGCUCGUUCCGUGCCCCUUGUCAUCAUCAAUUAAUUGACACGAUUGCCUCUCCGUGCCCAUAGGAACUUACGAUAUUGAAUAAUUGUAAAUUAAUUAAUAAUAAAUUUAUUUAAUAUUUAAUAUUAAACGAUGUGAAUCUGAGUCCACAUAUACAUGUAAUCGAAAUAUGUGGACUCUGCGAUCGAAUUUUAGUCAUUAAAAUAUGUUUAUACAAUUUAUAAUUGCGCAAUACUGCCGAAAUAAAACGAACGAAGUGAUUCAUA